GCCGCUGAGCGGAGGCGCGUCCCCGCUGUGGGGCUCCCGCUCGCCGGCAGCGGGGCUGGGGACAGUGCCGGCGGCCUGGGAAGGGGCAGCGGUGAGGAGUCGAGCCCUGAUCCCGGGCAUGGCGGAGACCCUGAGCCCCUGCUCCCCACGGGGUCAGUGCCAGCCCAGCAUGGGCGCCAAUACCUCGUCCGCCAACGUGGACAGCAACGCCUCCUCCUCGGUGGUGGGCGGCAGCGCGUGGAGGGGCCGGGAACCCUUCUCCAUCUUCACCGUCCUCAUCCUCACCCUGCUGGUGCUGCUGACCGUGGCCACCUUCCUCUGGAACCUGCUGGUGCUGGCGACCAUCCUGCGAGUGAAGGCCUUCCACCGGGUGCCCCACAACCUGGUGGCCUCCACGGCGGUGUCGGACGUGCUGGUGGCGGCCCUGGUGAUGCCGCUCAGCCUGGUGAAGGAGCUGUCGGCCGGGCGGCGGUGGCGGCUGGGCCGGGAGCUGUGCCUCGUGUGGGUGUGCUUCGACAUGCUGUGCUGCACGGCCAGCAUCUGGAACGUGACGGCCAUCGCCCUGGACCGCUACUGGUCCAUCACCCGGCAGCUGCAGUACACGCUGCUCGCCCGCCGCCGCAUCUCCAACGUGAUGAUCGCUCUCACCUGGCUGCUGUCCGCCGCCAUCUCCCUCGCCCCGCUCCUGGGCUGGGGGGAGACCUACAGCCCCGAGCAGGAGCGCUGCCAGCUCAGCCAGGACCCGUCCUACACCAUCGUGUCCACGGGCGGGGCGUUCUACCUGCCCCUCUGCGUGGUGCUCUUCGUCUACUGGAAGAUCUACAAGGCGUCCAAGUUCCACAUGGGGGCCCGCAGGAGGAACGCCGUGGGGCCCCUGCCCGAGGCUGCCCAGGUGAAGGAAGCUUCGAAGGAACCACAGAUGGUGUUUACAGCUCGUCGUGCAGCUAUCACUUUCCAGACAGAUGGAGAAACAUGGAGGGAACAGAAAGAGAAAAAGGCAGCUCUGAUGGUUGGCAUCUUAAUUGGAGUUUUUGUACUGUGCUGGAUCCCUUUCUUCAUCACAGAAUUAAUAAGUCCCCUCUGUUCCUGUAACAUCCCUCCCGUCUGGAAAAGCAUCUUUCUUUGGCUUGGCUACUCAAAUUCUUUCUUUAAUCCUCUCAUUUAUACAGCAUUUAACAAAAAUUACAACAAUGCCUUCAAGAACCUUUUUGUAAAGCAAAGAUAAAAGGGGACACAGAGGAGAACAUUAUUAUUGCGUAUAGGAAACAUGCCUGUGCUAUGUACAGUUUUCAUGCACAAGAGCUACUUGAGGGGAUUUAGGAGCAGUGAAAAAGAAGAUGGAAGACGUCUGGAUAUAAACCUACUGAGAGUUUUCAGCUCCCCCUUAGAAAUACAGAUGUGCUACGCCAGUGUUUGGCAAAGAAGGUGGAAGCAGGGAAUGCCUGCCGUCUGCUCUUCAGUCCUCACAGGCUGAGGUCUGCCAGCGGAGCGCUGUGUGUGUCGGGUGCCGCGGCUGUCACACCCAACACGGCUGAUCCCGCCCCACCAGCCCCGGGCCGCGCUGGAGCUCUCCUCAUU